UACAGCCUCUACCCUUUCAUUGGUGACAUGCUUGCUGUUGUCCGAGCAACCAUUAACAGCACAGUAUCAUAUUUUCCUGCCUUUUGUUCCAUGCUGAAUAUUUCAGUCAGCUGUAGCAGGAUUUAAAUACAAAAAAAGAAGGGAUUUCUUUUUUGGCAGGAAGAAGCAGCGUGCGGAUUGGGAUCUGAUUGUCCAGGUCAGACCUUGAAGAGGCAGCAGCAUCCUUCUUAGCAAGGCAAUGCAGGAUUAGGGAUUUUCCUCUGGGCUGGUGAAUAGUGCAAGGCCCCUUGCUUGUUUUGCAUGCUUGCCGACUGGAUGUCGGUGCUAGUCAGCUGCUCUCCCUGUUUACCCAAAGGGGAUUUGUUUGAAAUGCACAAAUGAACAGACAGCUCCGGUGCUAGCUAGCUUCACAGGAGCUGGAAGAUAAGCGCUUUGGGGGGAAAAAAAUAUAAAAAUCAGCAGCAAUAUGCCUGUCUCUGCUAGUGCCGUCCGACAGGAAAGGUUUAAGAAGACGGGUACAAGGCCAAAUCUACCUGGUUUAUUUACUAUUAAUGAAGAGGAUGAGCAGCACAGGAAUGGACAUGUCAGAAAGCAGAAAGCAGGUGACGCUCAGGCUGAACUAGAUGAGAAGAAAGCUCAGGCAUCCAGUUGCCCUCCUUCUGCUACGUCAGGACAAAACAACAACACUGGAAAUAAACAAGAGUCACUAGUGCUCAAGGUUGAUGAAAGGCAAAGGCUCGCCAGAGAACGACGAGAGGAGCGUGAAAAGCAGCUUGCUGCUCGGGAAGCUGCCUUUUUAGAAAGGGAGGAAAGGGCUAAGCAGUACUAUGAAAAGCACCUGGAAGAGCGGAAGAAGAAAUUAGAAGAACAGCGAAUAAAGGAGGAAAAGCGACGAGCUGCCGUAGAGGAAAAACGAAGACUGAGGCUUGAGGAAGAAAAGGAGCGACAUGAAGCUGUUGUUCGAAGGACGAUUGAGAGAAGCCAAAAAGCAAAACAAAAACCCAACAGGUGGUCGUGGGGAGGAGCAAUGCACAGCAGCACCGUCAACACCAGUGGUUUUGUUGAAUCCGCUUUCCUCUUUCUCGAUUUAGCAGGCCUGGAGCACCACUUCCAGGGUGCUUGUGGUUUUCGCAGAUAUGGUACAAAAAUGCAAUAUGCAGACCGGCGGUCUCUUUCCACCAUGAACCUUUCGAAACAUGUUGAUCCAGUCAUGAGCAAGCGGCUCUCCUCCUCAUCUGCAACAUUAUUAAACACUCCAGACAGAGCGCGUCGAAUGCAGCUCAGUCCCUGGGAGAGCAACAUUGUCAGCCGACUGCUGACCCCAACCCAUUCCUAUCUGGCAAGGAGCAGAAGUACUGUUUCUUUGUCUGGAGAGACAGUUAUCCCCAUUUGUCCCCGUUCAGCGUCUUUCAGUCCCAUGACUCCAGCAUCCUACAAGCCUACCCACUGUAGAAGUAUGGAAAGACCAAGGGCUAUUUUCUCGAGCUCAGAGGCCACUAGCCGCAGGAGAACUGUGCAUUCAGUAACGAUUGAUAAAAAGGAAAAAGAUAAAGAAAAUGAGCAGGAGAAGAAAGGUUUAUCAAACCUUACUGCCCCUCCUGCAAUCUCGACAGCCAGGAGAUCUCGUUCACCUUCUCAUGUGAGCAGCAGAGCAAAGGCGCCCUCUCCAGCUCGAGUGCCCCACAAAACCCUGCCCUUGCCUGGUACUCCUAAGCAAUUGAAAUCCCCUUCCCAAUCAGCUGAAGACUUACUGGCUCAUAGCCAUCCACUGUCGCCUGGCAACAUGCGGCCAGUGAGAACCAAGACUAACAGAGUUGAAGAGGGUGAGCACCUAGACAUGAGAGAGGAAAGCACAGAAGAUAAGCAACCUUCAAGUAAACCAAGUGAUUCAAGUGAUCCUUCAGCACCUAAACCAGAGCCUCUUAAAGAAUCUGUUCCAGUCCUGCCCCUGCCCCAGCCACAGACACAGGCUCCAGCCUCGCUGCCUCCCCAACCAGCAGCCACCACGGCAAAACCAUCGGCCGGCACUACCGACCCCGAGGAAGCCACGCGACUGCUGGCUGAAAAGAGACGACAAGCCCGGGAACAGAGGGAGCGGGAGGAAGAAGAGCGAAGGCAGAGAGAGGAGGCCGAAAGACGAGGGCGGGAGGAGAUGGCUCGACGGAAGGCUGAGGAGAAGGCUCGUCGGGAAGAGGAGGCCCGACUGCAGGGAGUGGAGAGGAAGAGAAGGGAGGAGGAGGAGAAGCGUGCCGAAGAGGAAAAGCAGCAGAAGCUGGCUGAGGAGAGAGCACAGAAGGAGAGUGAAGAGGCAGAGCGCCUGCAGAAACAGAAAGAGGAAGAGGAAGCUCGUCUGCGGGAGGAGGAUGAGAGGAUGAGAUCAGAACGGGAGAGAAAAUUCCAGAAAGAGGAGCAGGAGCGCUUGGAAAGAAAGAAGCGACUGGAAGAAAUCAUGAAAAGAACAAGAAGGUCUGAUGGUGCCGAUAAGAAGCCUGUUUCACAAAGGAAUGGGGAGGUAUCCCAGCAGACUAAAACAGAAGAAACAGUGCCCAGUCAACUGUCUAAACAGACUCCUCAGUCUGUGAAGAUAGAGCAGAAGUCACACGAGGAGCCAGCUGCACAGCACACAGGCAGCAAUGGCCAUGGACAACUGAGCAUUUCAGAUUCACCUCCAGCAGCGGAGGAAAGCACUUCAACUGUUGAAAAACGACCAAAAGAAAACGGUAUUUCCGAACAGAAUGACAGUUUUGAAGAGGUGAUCAACCUCCCUGUUGGAACCAAAACAUCAAAGCUGGGCUUAACUGGAGAAGGAAGCCAGGAUGGCAGUGUACUUAUUCCUGUACUUGCAUUCAAAGAGAAUGGGUCUCUGGGAUCGCUGGCUAAUGUUGAUGGUGUUCAAUCACAUCAGACAGCAGAAGUUGUCUGAGAAUUCCAGCUGAGAAAGCAAAGGAAGUGAAAUCAGCGAAAGCAGCUGUGUUUUUUUGUUUUUUUUUAUAUAUACACCAAGGAGUGAUUUGCGGCUGUUUUUCUGAUCUGUCACUUUGAAAGAACUCAGUCAACUUUAUUUUAUAUCAAAGAGAAACUGAUUUGAAGCAGACUUGAUACCUUUUAUUGUUAAAUGACCAGCUAAUGUUUCUUACCACUUGAUAAUGCUUUGUGUGUAUUGCGUUAAACAGCUUUUCCAACAUGCUCCUUAUGGCAGUUUAGAUUUUCUGUAUCCUCAGAAAAGAGAAAGUUUAAACGUUGUGUGUGACUGUGAAGGAAGGGGAGGAAUGAUUUUGUUGGGUGUUACUAAUCACUGUAAUCUGAAAUUGGCUACAAUUUUACACAUACAGUUAUCUAAUACUUGAAGAAGCCUCAUUGCUUUAGAAGUAGCUGGUAAUGAGGUGUUAAGUUUAAACCUAAUGGUGUAAAUGUAAUGGCUAAGAACCUGUAUAGGGGUAAAUACCCUUAAAACAUGUUCUCUCUGUAAACCAAGAAUAGUCAUGUAAAGUUGUACAACACUGAUUUCUCCUAGUUUUUUAACUAAUGUAAAAAUGUGGAAAAUAUAUAGUACAUUUAGUAUUUUCAAUUAUGAAUAAAACUGUUCGUUUAAGCAGGUUAAUCUUUGUUAAAUGUUUUGGCAAAGCAGCCAUGAGAUGUAUUAAGUACACAUUGAAUACCAGAAAUAGUAUGAUUGUUGGAUUUAAUAGCAUUGGUCCAAUAGAUAUAUGCCAGUAUAUAAACAACAUACAAAUAAAGAUUAGAUUUAAAUUGAUUUUCUUAAACUGCUGCUACCUUAUGAAUUUCCUUUGCCUUAUCGGAUCAUGAGAGUAAACGAGGUUUGAGUGAUUUGUGGAAGUCUAUGUGUUUUGCUCGUUUCAGAGCAGGGGGACAUGGAGUUUGAAAAUAAGAACUGCAUUCCUAAAACGUGACUUUCACUUAGUUUUUUGGACUUAAAAAAGGUAUUCUAUUAUUUCUGCAACACUUGAAUCAUUUAAUUUCCAUCUCACACGUUUUAGGCAUUGUUGCUAUACAGCAUGGUUGUCAAAGCUUUGCAACUUUUAGGGAGUGCCGGCCUGAAUUGUUUAGACUAUUGAAAUUCCUGCGUAUGGGACAUACUGUAUAAGCACUGGCUGGAUUAAGUCCAGCUUUAAUCUGAUUUUUGAAAUACUUUUUUUAGUCAUUGUUGAACAAUGUGUGCAGAUGGCAAAACAUCAAAAAUCAACUAAUGUAUAUUUUAGUAUUAAAACUAAUGAAAAAGCUUUGAAAACUUUAAAGGAAAGAUCGAUUCAUCCACCAAUAUAAUGAACAUGAUUACUAAAGCCAUUUAGUGGUUUGUUUUAGUAAUAAACUGUGACUAUUCCGAUUGAA